AUGGAUGUGAACCCACUGAACUGUGUGACAGGAAGAGGAUCUUGGCAUAGUGAUGGAUUGGAUCGCCUUUUCCUUCUCUUGGACACUGGCUCCUCUCCUGUCACAAGAAAAGCUGCUGCAUUACAACUUGGAGAUGUACAAAAGCUUCAUCCUCAUGAACUGCGCAACUUGUUGGCCAAAAGGAAAGGUGGUUCUUCUGCUGCUGUUGAUUGGACAGGCCGCAUGACCUUUUCGAAGUUUGACAUCAACAAAGUUAUUCAGCAUGGAGGUCACCUUUUGGCUUCAGAAGGAAAAGAAUAUGAAUUAGAUGAAACAACAGGUGUGAACUGUAAAGAGAAAGUUGCACUAGAACGUCAACUGUUGAAUAAAAGAUUGGGGCUAGAUAUAGCUGAGCGAAUGGGAAUAGACACAAAUGAUAUAUUCUCAAAUGAUGAUCUUCAGCUUACUGCUAAAGAAGAAAAGAAUGGAGAAGCAAAGAAGGCCUUAUCUGAAGUUUUUGAAACAGAACUGUCACAAAUCACUCCAAAUCUAGGUGAUAAAGACAUUAGUAAAAUUAGCAAAAGACGAUCUCGUUUGUUGGCUAAACAAAAGUCCAAGGAAUCCCCGGAUUAUAUCUCCCAGAGUUUUGAUAAAGAUGGUGAGCCACAAGUUAAGAAACCUAGAAGAACCACUACUGUUCUUGUUGAACAACCAUCUACAGAAGAUACUCUUCUUCUUGACAAUGUUCCUGAUAAUGAAAGUCUAUGGGAAGAGUCUAGGGAAUGGCCAUUAGAAUCAUUUUGUGAUGAGGUCAUGCAGGAUUUGUUUAGUCCUUCAUGGGAAGAACGACAUGGUGCUGCCAUAGCAUUGAGAGAGAUAGUAAAAAUUCAUGGCAAAGGAGCUGGCAAAACUGUUGAUACACCCUCAAACCAGAUGGAGUUAGUAAAUCAGCUGUGGCUUGAAGAUUUGGCACUGAGAUUGUUGUGUGUCCUAGCCUUAGAUAAGUUUGGAGACUUCAUUUCUGACCAAGUUGUGGCUCCUGUACGAGAAACCUGUGCCCAGGCUUUAGGUUCAGUUCUAAAUUUAAUGUGGCAAUCUAGAGUGGAAGGGAUACUACAUAUUGUUCUUCAGUUGAUGGGGCAUGAGGAGUGGGAAGCCCGGCAUGGAGGAUUGCUGGUUCUCAAAUACUUGUUAGCUAUUCGACUCGAUAUGACUUUGAGACUGUUACCUGUAGUGUUCCAUCCUGUAUUCCAAGGACUUCAAGAUCCAGUGGAUGAUGUCAGUGCUGUUGCUGCUGCUGUCUUUGUUCCUGUUACAGAUCAACUUGUAGAGGCACUGCCAGGAAAAGUUCCAGAAGUUAUAGCAUCUUUAUGGGAUUCGUUACUAGAACUUGAUGAUUUAACAGCAUCAACUAGCAGUAUUCUAAUGCUGUUAUCUGCUCUUCUUUCCCAUCCAUCAAGAGAAAGCAGUUUAGAGAUGCCAUUGGCUGAUUUUGUACCUAGAUUAUGGCCAUUUUUAGGACACAGUUCUUCAGUUGUACGUAAAUCAGCACUUCAAACGUUGGUAACUUUAACAACAAAAUGUAAACAACAGUUAUGUGAAAAGUGGCUUCCUCUAGUUUUAUCUGAUGCCUUAAGACUUUUGUAUCAACGAUGUUUGCUGGAAAACAUUGAAGAAAUAUUGCAACUCUCAUAUCAGGCAUGGAAGCAGGUUGUUACAAGAGCACCACUAGGAAGUCUUCUUACUGCAGCCUGCCCUUUUCUGAGUGGCUGGUUGUGUAUGAUGAUGCAACCUGCUCAAUUAGCUAUCAAUCCUGCUGUGAUAACCACUUGGUUGGAGAUAAAACAUAAAAUUAAGGAAAAAAGUCAUGGUAAGGGAAGAAAGUCAAGCAGUUCAGAAGCUCAUAUAAAAGAUGGGCCAGAGCAGUAUUACCUAGGUGGAGUAGAAUCUCUUAGUGACAGCUCCUUGGAACGUGAUAAAUGUGUUAUGAGGGCCAGGCACAUCGCGGCAAGGUUCCUUGGAUUACUGUCCUGCUUUAUCACCAAACCUAUGCCAGGUAUGGUAUAUACCACAGAAAUGGAGUCUCCUAUUGAGUGCUUUGCAAAACUUCUACUUUUCCACUUAAACUCUAAGUCAGCAUUGCAGAGAAUGGCUGUUGGGCUUGUAUUGAUAGAAUGGGCAGAGUUUGAAAAGGAUAAUUCCUGUCCACUUAGUGUGAAGGAGAAGUGUUUUUGUUGCUUGUGUGAAAAUAUAUACUUUGAUGAGAUUGCCUUGGCCUUUACAAGAGUCCAACAGGAAUGCAAAGAUUUCAUGGCCAUGCUGCGACAUUAUAAACUUCCACUAGAUACCACAUUUCAAACAGGAGUAGUAUUAACAUUGGACCAAGCCACAGCUCUUUCCACAACAGUAUUUUCUACACUUGUCCAAACAACCAAACUAAAGCCUAAAGUGCUAGAGACACUAGAUGAGAGACGGCGAUCUGUACUUAGGAGUGUGACACAGACAAGUCAUGAUCAAUUGGCACUGAACAAUGUAGUGCAGUCGUCUUUGGCAGCUGCACUAGUUGCAUUACAUUAUCUUCCUGAUAAACUCAACCCAAUCAUUAGGCCUUUAAUGGAAUCAAUAAAGAAAGAAGAAAAUGAACAGCAGCAGUACUUAGCAGCAAAGAGUCUCAUUAAGCUACUGAAUCUAUGUAUGGAGAGGAUUCCUUGUCCAAAUCCAAAGGUAAUCAAGAACAUAACUACUUUUCUUUGCACUGAUUCUACAACCACUCCCAAUGUCACAACACACCAAGCUUUGGUGCAGGAAAGUAAAGGUACUGAAGAAGGCAAUGGAAGUCGUGUCUCUACUCCGGUAGAUGUUGCGGAUCAAUAUACUGGAAUAUUGCUGCUCCAUAAAAUGCAAAAAUUAGCUGAGAAAGUGACUCUCCGGAGAUCAAAUUCUAUAAAUAACAAACGUGCCAUCUGUACUACUUCAACUAGUAUAGAUACUGUUUCUGAUGACACUUUUCAAACUGAUGAUGAGACACACCAAAAUCAAAUACAGAAAAGGGGAGCAACUUUUGCCAUUACAGAAGCUGCAAGGUAUUUUGGUGUUGAACUUCCUCAAAAAUUGCCAAAACUUUGGGAGAUUACUUUCCAUACCUUGAAAAAUUCUAUAGAUGCUUCCAACUUUGACCCUAUUUCUCUUCUAAAAAAUGAUGCUCAAGCUCAAGAUUUAGUGAAUAGUUUUCAAGUUCUUGAAGUUAUUGGUUCAGCUCUUCAUCCUCAGCUACACAGUGAGUUGAUUUCUCUUCUGCCAUAUGUUUCCUGUUGUUUGAAACAUCCUUACAGUGCAGUACGUCACAUGUCUGCUCGAACCUUAGGUAUGUUCAGUAAAGUUAUAACUGAAGAAACUAUGAAGUUGGUGCUAGGCGAUGUUCUUGAGAGAUUGGAGAGGAUUGAUGAUGACACUCAACGACAGGGUGCUAUAGAGGCACUAGCCUGUGUUAUUGACCAUUUAGGUUUAAACAUCGUACCAUACAUAGUCCUUCUUAUAGUCCCAGUUUUGGGAAAGAUGACUGACCACAAUGAAAGUGUCAGGCUUAUGGCUACCCACUGUUUUGCUUCUCUCAUCAGACUCAUGCCUUUGGAGGGUGAGUUUAAGGAUAAUCCAAAGCUCUGUCCAGAGCUAAAUAGAAAGAAGAUACAGGAACGGCAAUUUUUAGACCAACUCUUUGAUCCAAAGAAGAUUGAAAAUUACAAAGUGUCUAUACCCAUCAAGGCAGAACUAAGAUCUUAUCAACAGGAGGGCGUUAAUUGGCUGGCUUUUUUGAACAAGUACAAAUUGCAUGGAAUUCUGUGUGAUGACAUGGGGCUAGGGAAGACUCUGCAGUCCUUGUGCAUUGUAGGAGCUGAUCAUUACAAUAGGGACCAAAAGUACAAGGAAAAGAAAAGCCCUGAUAGUAAGCCACUGCCAUCCCUGGUGGUAUGCCCUCCCACAUUAACAGGUCACUGGGCAUAUGAAGUAGAGAAGUUUGUUCAUCCACAUUACCUUAAUCCACUACAUUAUACAGGUCCACCUGCUGAGAGAACUCGGUUAAGAAGCAAGGCCAAACGACACAAUCUUAUCAUAGCAUCAUAUGACAUUGUACGUAAUGACAUUGAUUUCUUUGGAUCUAUCAACUGGAAUUACUGUAUCUUGGAUGAAGGUCACAUCAUUAAAAAUGGAAAGACUAAGCUGGCCAAAGCCAUUAAACAGCUUACAGCAAACCAUAGGCUAAUCCUUACUGGAACACCUAUCCAGAACAAUGUUCUAGAACUGUGGUCUCUGUUUGACUUUCUCAUGCCGGGAUUCCUUGGAACUGAAAAACAAUUUACAGCACGUUACAGCAAGCCAAUACUACAGAGCAGAGAUGCAAAAUCUUCAUCCAAAGAGCAGGAAGCUGGUGUUCUUGCCAUGGAGUCUCUACACAGACAGGUGUUACCAUUCUUGCUGAGGAGAAUGAAGGAAGAUGUUCUGAAAGAUCUUCCACCAAAGAUCAUACAGGAUUACUACUGUGACCUCAGUCCACUUCAGGUUCAAUUGUAUGAAGACUUUGCCCGCAGUCGUGCCAAGCAGAAUCUGGAUGACACCCUGAGUGAUGAAGAGACAGUGAGUGUCCAAGGAACAGCACACAUCUUUCAGGCCUUGCAGUAUCUUCGGAAAGUGUGUAACCACCCAAAGUUGGUCCUGGGAACUCAGCAUCCAGAGUAUGAACGUUUCAUCAAUCAGUUAAAGAAACAGAACAGUGCUUUGACUGACAUCCAGCAUGCUGCCAAACUGUGUGCUCUCAGACAACUCUUGCUUGACUGUGGAAUAGGUAACACUCCACUGACAACUUCAGCUGGUCAGUCAGGUCCAGAGCCUGUGGUUAAUCAGCACCGUGCCUUGGUUUUCUGUCAGUUGAAGAGUAUGCUAGAUAUUGUAGAGCGAGAUUUGUUCAAAGUUCAUAUGCCAAAUGUGAGCUACCUACGAUUGGAUGGAAGUAUCCCUGCUGGACAACGACAUUCUGUGGUACAUCAGUUUAAUAAUGAUCCUUCAAUUGACAUUUUGCUUUUAACAACUCAAGUGGGAGGAUUAGGCCUUAAUCUUACUGGAGCUGACACUGUCAUCUUUGUUGAACACGACUGGAAUCCAAUGAAAGAUUUGCAGGCAAUGGACAGAGCUCAUCGUAUUGGUCAGAAGAAGGUUGUCAAUGUAUAUCGUCUUAUUACACGAGGAACACUUGAAGAAAAAAUAAUGGGACUUCAGAAAUUCAAAAUGACCAUAGCCAACACAGUCAUCAGCCAGGAGAAUUCCAGUCUCCAAACAAUGGGCACAGACCAGCUUCUUGAGCUUUUCACCUUAGACGAUUGCAAGAAAGGAGAAAAUGCUGCUGCAAAGUCAAGUACAGUUACACACGACGGAAAAGGGAUGAAGGCAGUAUUAGAAAACUUGCCAGAACUCUGGGAUGCAGAUCAGUAUGAACAAGAAUACGACUUGUCCAAUUUUCUAAAAGCAUUGAAAAAAUAACUGUAAAUAUAAACUUAAUGUACAUAAAAACUAGUGUUUUUUACUGCAGACAUAUGUACAAGUGUUUUCUGGGGGGGGUCAAGCACCAAGUACUAAUGAAGGAAAUGUUUCAAGACUUGUUUUGAAUUUGAUAAACUUGGGUAGAAAAAGUUUAAGGCAUUUUGGGAUUUAGUAAUAUGAAGUGUGAGUGUGUGCGUGAUUGUUUUUAUAAUCCAUGAUCCAUUUCGAAGUUGCGAGCAGUUUAUAUUUAUAAAAUAUUUGGAAAUUAAGAUAUAAAAAACAAACAUUUUAAUAUUUGUAUUUAAAAAUGUUCAGGUAUUAACACAAGAUUCUAAGAAACAUUUUAAUGUGUUGCAGUAAUACCUUUGUGUAAUUUUCAACAUAGUCUUAAGUGACAAAUUUGUAGUAAAGACUUAAUGGUAGGGUUUCCUUACCUGUCCCAGAAAUUAUAAUUAGAUUAUUCAGUUCUACUGAAAAUAUUUCUCCCAGUGACUUAAUUGUUUUAGUGAAGUAAAGAAGCUUUAUUUACAUUCAAAACUGCUUAAGUUAAGAAAACCCAAUCUUGUGACAUCUGUUUGACUACAAGGCUACUUUAACCCAUUAACUUCGGAUGACGGAUAUUUCCGUCAUUGAAGUUCUAUGGCUCAGCUGCGAAUGAUGGAAGUAUCCGUCAGUCGCAUGUAUAUAACUAUAACUCUAUGCGAAUGACGAUAAUUACCGUUUUAUUGUGAUUGAUGGCAACUCAGUUUUAUCUGAGAGUUAGAAAAUGGCAGCUGAGCUGCUCCUGCAGCAGUUAAUGGGUUAAGUUAUAAAGUGAUAUUGACAGAUUGUAGAAACAAAUUACUUGAGCAUUGUUUAUUUACAUUGAAAAUAAUAGUAAACUAGCAUGUAAUCUAAAGUGUUAAGAUCCUGACAAUAGUUACAAGGUUAACAUACUUCACUUAUCAAGCAAAUACUUACCGUGAAGUAUGCAUGUUGGCGAUCUUUAAGCAAGGGACAGUUUCAUUUUUAUAACACAGGAAAUUAACUUUUAGCGUUAUAGUAGAAGUUCACAUGGUAAGUUGAAGUAGUAGAUGUGGGUACUUUGUAUAAGCACUAACUUUUAGUAAUACAUUAAAUUAAAACUAUUCAUCUGGUUAUUUUACUGGAUCAAUUUGUGGCAUACAGAGUUUUAACUAUACUUGAGACAACUGCUUAUUUACUUUAAAAUAUUUUAUAUUAUUCAAUGAAAUAAACUAUACAUGGAACUUAAUUGAAU